CGCCCGGUCCCAGCCUCAGGCGUCGCCAGAUGUUUCCCAGCAACGCCCCGGCGCACCGCGCCGCACAGGCGCCUUGCGCCCGCAGCGCAUGCGCGCGGGGCAGGGUACAACGGGCGCGGCAGCGGCUCCUGCGCACAGCGACGCGGCCGGGCAAGAUGGCGGACAAAGAGAAGAAAAAGAAGGAGAGCAUCUUGGACCUGUCCAAGUACAUCGACAAGACGAUCCGAGUGAAGUUCCAGGGAGGCCGAGAAGCCAGUGGAAUCCUGAAAGGGUUUGACCCGCUGCUCAAUCUCGUGCUGGAUGGCACCAUCGAGUACAUGAGAGACCCUGAUGACCAGUACAAGCUCACGGAGGACACCCGGCAGCUGGGCCUGGUGGUGUGCAGGGGCACCUCCGUGGUGCUCAUCUGCCCGCAGGACGGCAUGGAGGCCAUCCCCAACCCCUUCAUCCAGCAGCAAGACGCCUAGCGGCCGGGGCCGCCCCUCCUCCAGGACUCGGGCCACCCAUAGGAACGGAACUUUCCUUUUUGUAUAGCUUAUGUUUUUGUUUUCUUUAUAAAAUUGCAAACCUCAA